AUAAUGGGUUGUGGGAAGAAGCUUGUAGAUUCAGUGUUGUUCGUCUUCUGCUUGAUCUUGGCCGUGGUUAUGCCCCUAAUUUCUUUCCAAUCCGCCUUGCCGGAGCAAUUGUUUCCGAAAGUUCCCAACUACCUUGUUUUAGAGAAGACCCCAAUCUUCAUUGGGCUAAUCCUGAAAGAGAUUCCUGUAGUCUGGUCACUUUGUAUCUUAAACCUCUUUGCUAUUGUUUGCAGCAAAUCCUGGUUUCGAACAGCCUGUUUGAGCCUAGGUGUCACCAUCUUCGUUUUAAUGAUAUCUAUAAUGUCAGAUAUGACAAUAACAGGAAAAGACAAAGAGAAGAUACAGAUGCAGAUUGUUUACUACCCUUUUAUGGGUUUUUCAGUUUUAGCCAUUCUGCGGGGGCUGCUGGAUUUCCCCGGCGGCCCUUUUGGACCAGCAGUUGGAACCCCUGCUGCUGAAAAGAAGAGGACUUGAAGGAGAAGAAGAUUUCAACCAAUAAUUACUUGCAAUUUCUGAUUUUAGAUGUUAUCUUGAACCAAUAAUUGAAAUUCUUAGCAAAAAAGAUGUAUAAUAUAAUCAAUAAUUG